CAAAAAACACGCUGCCGAGCCGGGCCGACAUUUAUUUUGAUAUUACAUUACGAAAUCAGUAGAAUUAAAUAAAAAUUAAAAAUCAAAUACUAACAAAAUGAUCCAGCAACAGCGCCAGAGAAUCGAGGCCGCGGUGACGGACAUGAUCGACGACAUGGACAAGACUCACCUGCGCAAAAUGCAGAAUGAGAUGCAUUUGUGUGCCGCCAAGUGCUGUCAGGAUGGCACCUCCAGCGUCGAUAGUGUACAGAGAUGUGUGGAUCGUUGCUCCACGCCUAUGACGAGGGCUCAGAACUACGUCCAACAUGAACUGGGGGAGUUCCAGGGCAGACUGCAGCGUUGCGUCAUGCAAUGCAACGAUGAUGUGAAGGUGAAAAUGCCGCCCAAUCCCAACGAGGAUCAGAUAGCCAAAUAUACCGACCAGUUCGAGCGCUGUGCCAUCCAGUGCGUGGACAAGCACGUUGGCCUCAUUCCCGGCAUGAUGAAGACCAUGAAGGCUGUGCUCUCCAAGGGACCCGAGAGCAUUCCCCAAGUCUAACUCAACCUGCAUUUACUACCUAAUUAGUUGUUGAACUCGUUUAUUUUAAAGCCUUGCAAUUUUAAGCAUCUUCGGUGUCAUUAAACAUUUUAUCUAUCACAUUUAAGAAUAUAAACAAAAAUGACCCUAUUAUUUGUUGGAAAGUCUUAAAGUAGAUUAAAUGUAGUGCUAACAAUCUCUGGAAGCAUGUCAAAUUUUGCCACCACUUAAAAAAAAUACAAAUACUGUGUACACCGAAAA